UGGAGUACUGAGCACUGCCACACGACUCGGAACACAGCCCGGACCGUGUUCUUCUGAGUAUCAGACCCCGUGUACUACCAGUGGGAACAGGUCACCACCAUCUCCCUCCUAUUCAUAAAGUCCAAAUUCUAGCCUUCUCCCCCAAUCCUUCCGAUGCUGUCUGCCUACUGUGUACACCGCUGAAUUCCAACAUCCAGCAGCUCUUACACUCAGAAACCCUCGGGUAUUAGUCCUGUUCCAUCAGAUCCAAGAACACAAACCUCGGCUCUCCUCCCCCUAUACCAGAGGUCUAAGCCUCAAUUCUCUUCCCUCAGCCUAGAGUCCUGAUUUUUGCCCCCUUCCUUUCUUAGAACUAGGGGUCUGGGCCUCAUGUUUGAACUUUCCCCUCCUCUGAACUUGACUCCUACUGCUGUGUCAGGAAAAAAGAACCAACAGGUGGCACCUGCCGCCAGGGUCUGAACACGACCACCUGCCGCUGUUGCUCACCCGGGUCCCUCUCUCUGCACCUGCUCCUGUCUGUCGCCAGUGACCGCUCCACCCAACCCACAGUUCAGGACGCGGGGGAGGAGAUAGAAAGGGAACCCUCGAAGUGAGCCUGGCAGGUCCUCCAGGAGCGUGUUCCCCGCCCCUUUUCUGGGUCCUAGCAGGGUUUCUGAUCCAAAGCUCGCUCUCUUGGCUCCCACUCACCCUAGAGAGGGGAGUCGAGGGCGGCCCUAGGCUUGCGGGGUGGAGCCUAAGGUCUCCAGCCUAGUCCGCGAGACUCCACCCGCUUCAAGGCACUGCUGAGUAGCUGAGCGGAGCCUACCUGCCUCCUGUUAUCCACUUUGACCCCGCGCUCUGGUGGCUCUGACUUCCUCUGUCCAGGUCUCCACCCCAGCCUUGGCAAUGACCCUGGCAGCCUCCUCCCAGCGCUCACAAAUCAUCCGUUCCAAGUUCCGCUCUGUCCUGCAGCUUCGGAUCCACAGACGGAAUCAAGACUGCACCUCUGAUUCAGAUCCGUGGAUCUCAGCCUCGGGCCCAGCUCUGGCUCCAGCUUUGCCCCCUGUUCCUGCCUCUUUCCUUGUCGGCCCUGGCGUCUUGUCCCCUGAGCCAGCAUAUUGUCCUUGGAGAUCUCCAAAGAAGGAAUCCCCUAAGAACUCCCAACACUGGAAGGAGCCUAAGGUCAGGGGGAACUUGACAUAUCACCUGUACAUGCCUCCAGAACAGAGACAAGGGCCCAGGGCAGAUCUCCAAGUGGAGAGGUCAACUCUGGGUCCCCCGGAACCACCUCUAUGGGAAAAGAAAAACUCACAGAGACCACACCCUCGGAUGAAGCCUUCCUCACCAAGAGUCUCCAGUCCCUCGCCCCCUUCACACAAGCUGGAACUUCAGACCCUUAAACUGGAAGAGCUGACGGUCUCAGAGCUUAGGCAGCAGCUGCGCCUGCGGGGACUCCCGGUAUCCGGGACCAAAGCGAUGCUUCUGGAGCGCAUGCGUGGUGGCACCCCGCCCAGAGAACGGCAGAAGCCAAGGCGCGAGGACAAAGAGGCCGCGGCUCCCUGGCCGCGCCUCAGGCCCAAGGCGCUGGGAACUACCCGGCUGCCCGGCACGGUGAAGGCAAGCGCGACAAAUCGUAAGCUGAAGUUUUCUGGAGCUGCGGAGCCCCUAGUGGCAGCUCCCACUCCUGUUCCCGAUCCCGCUCCCUCUCCAGCUUUGGCUCCAGCUCCGUCUCCAGCUCCAGUUCCAGCUCCAGCUCCCUUCCCAACACCUUCUCCAGCUAGCCUGACUCUGGAGGAGGAGCUGCAGGAAGCGAUCCGUAGGGCACAGCUGCUUCCAAACCGCGACAUCGAUGACAUCUUGGAAGACCAAGUGGAGCCAGAUGAACUGCUGCCUCCCAUGCCCUUGGACUUCCCUGGCUCAUUUGACCUGCUGUCUCCCUCCCCGGACUCGGAAGGCUUCUCUUCCGUCUUCUCUUCCUCACUACCGUCCCCCACAAGCUCCCUGUCCCCUUCUCCAAGGGCCCUCACUGAUUCUUUGGACUGGCUGGAAGCCUUGAGUGGGGGUCCACCACUGGGCUCUGGGCCUCCAGGCCCCAGCAUCUUCUCCGCGGACCUAUCUGACCCCAGUGGCAGUCGGCUCUGGGAACUGCUGCCAGAUCCAUGGUGACAGACCCUUGGGUUUCUAAGGAGAGGUCAUCUGCACCCACAGAGACCCUCCAACUACAGAGGACUCUAGAUGCCCUCAUCCCCUCCCGGCUCACUGCUGCUGACAUGUUAUGCACCUGGACCUGCCUACCCAGCCUCUGUCUGACCCCUCCCCAAGCCCUGUAAUUGGGGUUUGGGGUUCAUUUGCUGCUGGCCGGUGCAAAGAAGCUUGCUGUCUCCUUCAGAGACCUGCGGGUUGUGUGUGCCCCUUCCUCUGGACACUGGAGGCUGCCUGCCAUCCGGGGAUCUGGGUCUUUGUGCUGUUUGGGUUCAGGAAAGGACCAGGUGAGGGUAGAAGAAAGGUACCCCAAGUUCUAGUUAGAGAUGAGAGGACCAGAAGCUACUAGUGGGAGGUGAUUAUAACCUCCCUGUGACCUUGAACUUAUGACUCCGCCCCCACCCCAGUGCUGUGCUCAAAACUAGCUUUCUUGGUUGUUGUUUUGUUUUGUUUUGUUUUGUUUGGAGAGCAAGUCUUGCUGUGUAGUGUCAAGCUGGCCUGAGACUUGUGACAAUCCUUCUGCUUCAUCCUCCUGGGUGCCGAGAUUACAGAUGUGAGCCAUUUUACCCAGCUCUCAUGGUUUAUUGGAGGGCUUCCAGGAGCCAUGAGGUAGGGAGAGGAGAUAGAACGCUUCUCAGGUGAGCCUCUGCCUCCCUCCCUCAUGCUGGGACCGUGUCUGGCUGGUGAAUUAAACUGUGGCUCUCUCACGUGGUCUGAGGCUCACGAGACUGGCA